AUGCCCGCCACGGUUGGCUUCCUUGGCCUGCCUCCCCCCAGCUGGGAGCUGGCGCGGCGGCUGCUUGAGGGCCCGCGCCGGCGGGAGUAUCUCGUCAAGGCGUUUGAUGGGUACGAAUGCCAUGCGUCGGACGGCAAUGCAUUGACAGCCGGUGGGGGCCGAGAGGAGCCCUCGCCGCAGGACGCUCUCGCGGGCAGCAGCUUUCUCGUCUGCGCCGGCGACUGCUCGCGAGAUGUUGAACGAGACGUCUUCUCAGAUAGUGCUCUUUCGGCCCUUGCGCCGCGUGCCGUCGUCGCCAUCAUGGGAGGAACGGCCCUGCGGAGCUUCUUUGACCGGCUCAGUCGGUGCUUGGCCCUGGCCGGCCGAUCGGACGUGGCCGUCGUAGAGUGCCACGCCGUCGAGGAGAGUGGGAGCUUGACGCUGCUCACAGCGGGCACGGAUGAAGCCUUGCAACGGGCAAAGGACGUGCUGCGAGAUGGCUCCGACAAGCUGCUGGCGUUCCCGGGCAAUCCUGGCAAUGCCUCCAAGGCGUACACAGUCUACCGUCUGCUGCUCGGCUCUCACAUCGCCGCCGCGGCCGAAGCCAUUGGCCUUGCAGCCCGAGCCGGCCUCAACACGCAGCAAGUGUACGACAUCAUCACAAACGCCGCCGGCAGCUCACGCGCCUUUGAGAGCCGCGUGCCGAGCAUGCUCGAAGGCGACUGGUCGGUAAAGUCGUCAUCCCUCGACGCGUGCGUCCGGCACAUGGCGCCCGUCGUGUCAGCCGCCCGCGCCGCCAACUUUUCGCUGCCGCUCGGCGGCGCCGCGGAGCAACUCUUCAUCUCGGGCUGCUCUCGGGGGUACGGCGCCGACGACGACUCCGGCCUGGUGCGGCUGUACCUGCCGACGACGCCGGACCUGGUCAGGGACUGCGCAAAGUCGGUGAACCUCAAGGAGGCGCUCACCCCGGGCGGAAGCCCGCUGGACAUUUCCAAGAUUGGCGUCAUCGGGCUCGGGGCCAUGGGCCAGGGCAUGGCCACCUCUCUCGCUCGGGCGGGAUUUCCCGUCCACGGAUACGACGUGUUUCUGCAGGCCGUGGACCGGUUCGCUGCCAGUGGGCCCAACGCGAAAGCCGCAGGGUCACCCUCCGAGGCGAUGCGAGACGCCGACGUGGUGAUUCUCAUGGUUCAAAACGCCUCACAGGUCGACGAGGUCCUCUUUGGCCCUGACAAUAACGCAGAUGCUCUCUCUGACGGCGCUGUCGUCAUCCUCAGCUCGACAGUGCCGCCUUCGUUCACGCGGGAGCUCGAUGCAAAACUGAAAGCACUCGCCCGAGGUAUCUGGCUGGUCGAUGCCCCGGUCAGCGGCGGCGUCGCCCGGGCGGCCAAUGGCACUCUGACCAUCAUCUGCUCCGGAGAGGAACUCGUCCUCGCCAAGGUCAACAGCGUGUUGCUCGCCAUGACGGGCAAGGCAAGCAACCUCUGCCACGUCGAAGGUGGCGUCGGCGCGGCCUCUUCGGUCAAGCUCGUCAACCAGCUGUUGGCAGGAGUUCACAUUGCCGCUGCCGCUGAAGCCAUGGCCUUUGCUGCCAGGCUGGGCCUCGACACGCGCGCCAUGUUUGACCUUGUCAAGUCGUCUGGGGCGUGGAGCUGGAUGUUUGAGAAUCGCGUCCCCCAGAUGCUCGAGGCGGACUGGACGCCUCACUCGGCGCUCGCCAUCUUUGUCAAAGAUCUGGGUAUCGUCCUGGACGAGGCGAAGCGGCUUCAGUACUAUGCGCCAAUCGCAUCGGCCGCACACAACUUGUAUCUUUCGGGGGCGUCGCGUGGGUGGACAAAAGAGUCCGACGCUGGUGUCGUGCGCCUAUGGGAGCUUCCAGGGAGCAGCGUCGCCGAGAUGGCGGGCGCCAAGGGUGCGACCGCAGAAUGGCAGGCCAGUGACGACGGAAGGCCACCCGAGUGUCUCCCCGCAGCGACAUUGGAGUCCUUGCCUCCAGUGUAUGAGCAAGACGUCAUCGGAUCGGUUAGACGAGUUGUUGAGAGCGGCGACGUCCCGAUGCUGGUCGUCCUCGAUGACGACCCGACCGGCACCCAGACCUGCCACGACAUUGACGUCCUCACCGUCUGGGACCCCGAGAUCCUCGACCAGGAAUUCAGCUUGAACCCCAGCGGGUUCUUUAUCCUGACCAAUUCGCGGGCGUUGCCAUCCGCCGAGGCGCGAAGCCUCAUUGUCGACAUUUGCAACAACGUGUCGGCGGCGGCCAAAAAGGCCAAUAGAAAAGUCGAAAUUGUUCUCCGCGGGGACUCGACGCUCCGCGGUCACCUGCCCGAAGAACCAGAGGCCGCUGAGGAAGCGUUGGGGCUGUUUGAUGGCUGGGUCGUGACCCCGUUCUUCUCGCAAGGCGGGCGCCUCACCAUCGACGACGUCCACUAUGUCAAGGAGGGCGACAAGCUGGUGCCGGUUAGCCAGACGCCGUUUGCCCAGGAUGCGACAUUUGGAUAUAAAAACGCCAACCUCCGGCAGUACGUCCUGGAAAAGUGCGGCUCGCGCUUUAGCGAGUCUUCGUUCCUGUCGGUGACUCUCGACGACGUUCGCCGAGGUGGUCCGGCGGCCGUGACAGAGAAGCUCCUGUCGGUGCCCGCCGAUCCGAAUCGAGUCGUCAUUGUCAAUGCCGUCGUCGACCAAGACAUGCACGUCUUUGUUGCUGGACUGUUGGAGGCCGAGAGGAGCGGGAGGCGCUACCUCUUCCGGACCGGCGCGGCGUUUGUUUCGUCGCGGCUGGGCAUCACCGGCAUCCCUCCGCUGACCAUGGCGGACCUUGGCGUGACAGCGAGGCCGGAUGCUUGCGGCGGGCUUAUCGUCGCCGGCUCCUACGUUCCCAAGACGACGGCCCAGCUGCAGGCGCUAAAGAGCCAUCGAGGAGACAAGCUGGCAACAAUCGAGCUGGACGUGGAAAGCCUCAUUGGCGCCGUGGAGGAGGCGGACUCGGUCAUUGAGACGGCCGCGAAUGACGCGUCUCGCAGCAUUGCUGCGGGGAAAGACACUCUCGUCAUGACGUCGCGGAAGCUCAUCAAGGGCCAUGACGGCGACAGCUCGCUCAACAUCGGAUCCAAGGUAGCAUGGGCCCUCGUUCGGCUGGUAGAGAAGAUCAACGUGCGUCCCCGGUAUAUAAUUGCCAAGGGCGGCAUCACGUCGUCUGACGCCGCGACCAAGGCGUUGCGGAUGCGGCGUGCCCGGGUCCUCGGCCAGGCAGCCCCGGGAGUUCCCCUUUGGAGGUGCGACGAGGAGACGAGCCGGCACCCGGGUAUGCCGUAUGUGGUCUUUCCGGGCAACGUGGGCAGCGACACGACGCUUGCGGAGGUGGUGGAGGCCUGGGCCAUCUGA